GGUCGCAGUUUAAAGGCAACGUCAGCUCAAAGAUUUGGUUCAAACCGACAAAUGGAGACCGGGCCCUGCUGAUGCCCGCUAGGAGAGAGAGAGGACGUCGUCCUCAAUAUUCGAUUUUUCGAAUGUUGCUGCUUUCUGUUAAUUACUCCCCCAUAACGUGCAUAUUACGUUAGUCAUCCCCAACAUGUGUGGGGAUCGCGCAUUUCAGUUUGCCAACAAUCACAGGUAGUACAGCAAACUGGGAAUCACACACUAGCUCGGAAACUCCCGAGAAAAUCCGGAGAAUCUCGAAGAAACUCCCCUUUCGGAUCCGAAGGCGACUGUAACAUAAACCCGGGAAUUAGUCUUGCCUCGCGUGUCAAUCGCACCAUAUUAGCCUCAUUAAAAUGGGGGAUGGUUUCUUUAUUCUCCUGUGAAGCACGAGGUGCGCGUUUUUUUCACAUUUCUGUUCUGUUCUUAUACGGUUAAGUCAAUGUUUACUUCGGUCUUCCUCCCGCCAGUGGGAGACAGCGAUUCUUCUGAGACGCGUAUUUUCAUUUUCGUAGCCGGGCCGCCCUCCUCCUCCUACCCCUCUGCGUCACCGCACCGCCGGGCUUGGAUCCGACUGGUCGGGUUUGAAUAUUCAGAGUGGGCGUCUACCCUUUGCUUGUCGCUGGCUUCUGUCGCCUCCCGUGACCGUGGGCUUGCCGGGCUGCUGUCGAGCCGCACCGAGUCUCCACGAUCGGGUGAUUGUCGGCGAGGGCGGCGUCAGAAUUGCCAUUACCGGCUGCUUCUAGAGUGGUACCGCGCAAACACGCACAUCGGCACCAUCCUCUGUAAAACAGCAUCAUUUUGGUUGCGCUAUCAAGGCGCCGUGUGGGUUAUCGCUGCAGAGAGCACCCUUUCCUCUUCUGAAUCUCUGCCCCCCCACCAACUAUCGGCAAUCCGGCCUCUCGGUCUGACUUUGCUUGUUACACGGCUGACACCAAAUUUGCCAACAAAAAAGGGUAAAAGGUAGCCAAAAUGGAGACGGAGAUACACGUGCCGGUCGGCUCGCCGGUGAUAAGGAAAGUGCCCAUUUGUGUGGACGAGCACGACGUAACAGCUGGCGCACUGAAAUUGAUACAAGAGCUGCGACCGGCUUGGGACAUCGAUCGCGUCAGGACGAAGCUCUUCACUGAUGGCAUCACCAACAAGCUUGUUGGCUGCUAUGUGGAGGAGUGCCCCGAAGACGUGGUGCUGGUCCGGGUGUACGGCAACAAGACGGAGCUUCUGGUGGACCGGGACAAUGAGCUGAAGAGCUUCCAGGUGCUGCACGCAAACGGCUGCGCCCCCCACCUGUACUGCACCUUCCAGAAUGGGCUGUGUUAUGAGUUCAUGCAGGGAGACGCGCUGGGGCCCCAGGAUGUCCGGGACCCCAAGCUUUUCAGGCUGAUAGCUCGGGAGAUGGCCCGAAUUCAUGCCAUCCAUGCCCAUAAUGGCUGUAUACCCAAGCCCAACCUCUGGAUCAAGCUCCGCAAAUAUUUCUCCCUUGUGGCCACUGAGUUCACCGACCAGGCCUCUAACACCAGAAUCCAACAGGAAGUGCCUAGUCAGGAAGUCCUGGAGCAGGAAAUGACCUGGAUGAAGGACCAUUUGUCGCAGCUGGGCUCUCCCAUAGUGCUUUGCCACAACGACUUGCUGUGUAAAAACAUUAUCCACAAUGUGAAAGAAGGGCAUGUCAGAUUUAUAGAUUAUGAGUAUGCCAGCUACAAUUACCAGGCCUUUGACAUUGGGAACCAUUUCAAUGAGUUUGCAGGAGUGAGCGAGGUGGAUUACUCGCUGUAUCCCAGCAGGGAGCUCCAGCUGCAGUGGCUCCACUCCUACCUGCAGGCCUACAAGCUUUUCACCAAGAAGGCGGAGGAGGUGAGCAGCCGGGAGAUAGAGACGCUCUACGUGCAAGUAAAUAAGUUUGCUCUGGCAUCUCAUUUCUUUUGGGGGUUCUGGGCUCUGAUCCAGGCCAAGUAUUCCACCAUUGACUUUGACUUCCUUGGCUAUGCGGUGCUGCGGUUCACUCAGUACUUCAAGAUGAAGCCGGAAGUGAUGUCGCUGGGGAUUGUGGAGUGAUGGGGGUGCAGAACACGCAAGAAGUCUUCACUCACUCUCUCUCCGUCUCUCUCUUCAUCGAGACUGAAACUGCAAAACUGAGGCUCCUCUCUAUAGGAGAAGAAAGGGCUGGGGGUGGGGGUGGGAAUUUGGGGGUAGGAUGGCAGAUUUACUGUAGAGGAUGGAGUUAGGAGAGUGUGCGAAGGGGGGGUAUGUGCGAUGAGAGGUGGGAUCAACUCAUUUCCGUUGGAUUUGCGAUUCCCUUUGAGAAAUAUGCCCCCCUGUUUCCCUGCGUGGCACUUUGUUAAUAAGGCUAAUAUGUAUUUUGUUCUGCUUUCAAAGAGUAGUGUCAUUUAGGGUUUAUGAGCCCUUUCCCAUUGAAAAUGGGCUUUGUUGAUGGUUGUGACAAAACACAAUUCACAGAAUGGAACAGGAAGAAACAUCUGUCUCUGCUGGCUUGCCCUUGCAUGCCUUGCAGGGCCUGAUGCAGAUGAUCCUGCUGAAGGCUGUUAUGCUAUAUAUACUGUGGACAUGGAACAAUUUGGGGUGAAUGUGGGAUUCAGGGUUGGAACGUUUUAUUUUUUGGAAUGCUUGUACAUUGGCAGGGUUUUGCAUUUUUGUUUUUGUGUGUAAAAUGGGUAUCCAGCAAGUUACAGGUUCAGAAUGGAUCCUUAUUUGUAUCCUCAGAAAAUCUAAAAGAAACGAGUUGUUGGCAGACAUUCUGAGGCUUGUCUUCUUCAGCGCCCUGCCCUGUUUUGGGGUGUUUUGUAGGUUGACGUGAUGGAGUAUCUAAGCUGAAUGAUGAGCCUCUAGAAUCUGGCUCUGCUCUCUGCCCCCUACUUGAGCUGUCUCUGCAUUACCAGUGGGGGCCAGAAUCUAGGCAGCUGCUUACUGUAAACGUGACAGUGAGCUGGUACUUUUUGCACUUAAAGCUGUGACACAUUCUUUACUGACCUCUGUCUCAAGUCAUUCUCAUGGUCCAGUCUUUGUCACUGGAAACUUUGGGACGAAAUCUAUCUUGAUUCUGAAACUGUAAUAGCAGCAGAAAUAAUUGUGGCCAGUGUAGUAGUGGUGGUUUUCUAGAGCUCACUCAGUAAUGCUUCUUGGUAGAUGGCUGCAUUCGGUAUCUCUUCUGCUUUUGUGUUAUUGUCUUUGACCUUACUGACAGGUGGUGGGGCUGAACUGUCAUUGUGCACUUGGCACUACCAGCACAGGAACUGGAGCAGCAACAGGAGAUGAUGCGAGCCAGGUUUCCUGUUGCUGUCACCUUGGCAAAUGCUGUACUAAGGGGGGAAUAGAGGUGAGGGAGGGGCGUUGGAUGAGUUGGAUAGAUAACUGCGCUAGUGGGCUUUAAGGUAUGUGGUCUGCAUAGCCUGUGGUUGUUGGAAGGAGAGAGGUGGCGGCCAUGUGCACUAUACUGCGCAAUGCUAGCUGGAAAAUUAGAGUACGCUCUGAAUGAUUUGGAAAGCUUUGUAGAAAGUCUUUAACCUUGAGGUCCUGCGUGAGUGUGUUGUCAUUAAUCGGUAUGGGCAGUGGUUGGCUUACUGAGGUGUGUAAGUUAAUGGCUGCAUUCCAGUCUCCCCCUCACCCGACCAUCCAUGCAUGAGAUUUUUGGUAAAGGUUAAAAAGAAGGUUCUCUGAGGAAGUAGGUUUCAAAUUAAAAUCUGGCAUGGAUGGUACAAGUACAGUAGCAAGCGACUGAUGAAAAGAUGUUGCCUACCCUGUAGAAGAAAUAAAUUCGUCAUUUGCUUUCUUAGAAAAGCUUAUCCCAGAGUGGCUUGGAAGAUCUGGCCUUUGGAGUUAACGGGGAAGCGUUUUGUCCCACGCUUUCCUUUAGUUGCAGCUGACUGAUGAAAGGACUGAAUCAACAGCCAGGACCAGAUGAUUUAUCUUUACAUGAUUUAUCACUUGGCCAUGCUUCUGUACUCUUCUGGGGAACAAGCAGUGUGGAACAAUACACGACAAGGCGGAAAGUGGAUAGUUCUGUUUUGUUUUCUGUGGAUCAGAUCCAGAUAAAUAGGCACUUGAAAUGCCCCACAAACAUUUUUCCUUCUUUGAUGAGCAUAGUGGAGACUUCACAGGCCACACAUCAUAAUUCACUAUACAGAUUGCCUGUAAACCUGUCAACCCUAGACUUGGAGAACCAAAACCCAGCAGGUUUUUUAGGUCAUCCUUACAUUGUUAACAUAAACAUUUUGAAACAGUUUGUUUCUUGGACAAACAAACAUGUUAUUUGUCCAAUUAAGAAGUUUAGUCAUCAGCGAUGAGUAUUGAAAAUACCCUACUUUAAAGGUACUAUUUCCAAACUCUUCAGCACACAGAACUUUACACAGCCUCUCCCUAACAAACCUGCUCUUAUUUCUGACUAAACAGCUUCUUACUAAUUGAUCAAUUAAUAAUGAACUGACGCUGGUGGGCGUGACACUGUACAUGAUGCCCACAGUGAGCGUUUUGUCCUUCUGCAGAGGCCCAGUUGGUUACAUUCCAGGCAGCACAUCUGAAUGAGGGCAGGUCUGAAACUCAGAAAUGGGUACCAAGUUGAUCACAAUUACAAAUCCCAUUGAAUCUUUUCAGACCUGAAAGCAAACAUGAAAAAUAUGAGCCUGUGCUUAAGAACUUGACUGGGGCAAAAUCCAGUGUUCGUCCAGGACCAUGGUUCAGAACCACUGUCUCUAGAUCAUUAGUAGCCAUCUUUACAGCAGCCCUGGUUAUCAUGAGCAGCAAGGGUUGGUUAAUGUUGAGGAGCCACAAGUCAAAACACCUGUUCCUCUGACGUAUUUCCUCAGCACUCGUGCCUAUUCUCCAGUAGGAUCAUUAGAUGAUCUCUUUACAUUCCUGGGCAUUUUGUACAGCGAUAAAACCAUAGCACCCUGCAGAGGACAAGGCAGUUCUCCGCUCCUUGGCUAGUAAUUUCAGUGGCAGAGUUUCAUUGGAUACUCUACUGUAUUGUUUUAGAUGGACUGCUUUGUGUUUGAGGCCAAGAUGAUGAGCUGUGCUCAACCCUAUCUUCUCAGUGCAGAGCACAUCAUGUACCAUUUGGUACUGGAAUGUCACCAACACAGAGUCUCUUAGGGGAAUGUGAAUCUCCAAAUAGAUUUCAUACUGAAUGCCUUGAAAACAAAAAUGUAUUUUGCAGAUGAAUAUCUACUAUUCUUAUACAUACAUUAAAUAUUUUUUCAAGCUACAAGAAAACUGGAGUUCAGUAGAAACAGCUGCCACUGCUUAAAUGGAUUAAAAACAAAUGAUGUAUUUUCGUGUGCUUUACCUACAUUGAAAUUUGUGUAAAGUUCUGAACUUUGUACCCUGAAGAAUGUUUGCAUUGGUGCUUGUGUAAUUCACAGAUCUGCAUAUGUUAUUUAUUUGUUUUUUGCCAACAUUCAUACUAUAUUUGAUACUUGCAGUGUACAAAUUCUCCUUUUCUCAGAGCUUAUUUAGUUCCCCCAAUCCUGUGUAAAGUUUCCAAACAAAGUACUGUAAUAAUCAUAAUUAAAAGAAUGUUGUGUAUAGAA